GAAAUCUCUGUUUAAAAAAAAAAAAAAACUUAAGGGACUUUAGAGAAGGUACAAGUGGAAACUUCAUUUUCCCUUCUGCAAUUCCAAACAACUCCCUGACAAAUUAAGACCUGUUACUCUCAAUGGCUGAAGCUCCGGCCAUAGCUGAUAUGGCUGUCUGUCUACCGCUCGAUGGAACAGCGGUCAGAAGCAAACCCACGUCAGCUCCGCCCUCACAAGCUAAAACCUUUUACUCUCAACCCUCAGGAGGACCGGACACGCAGAACCAGACCUUAGCUCAUCGCCCAAUUUACUGAGGACUCAUCAAUGGCCGAAUCCAAUUCCAGGGAUUUGCCUCAAUCUUAUUGUAAUGGCGAGGGCAAGGUCGACUCUGUUGCUGCGGAUUAUGCUGAAAUCAUUGUUAUACGUCAUGGUGAAACAGAGUGGAAUGCCAAUCGUAGGAUUCAGGGACACCUGGAUAUUUCAUUAAAUGAGGUUGGAAGACAGCAAGCAGUUGCUGUGGGCGAUCGACUAUCCACUGAACCUAAAAUCUCAGUUGUAUACACAUCUGACUUGAAGCGAGCUCUUGAGACUGCAGAGAUAAUAGCACGUAGCUGUGGCGGACUUGAGGUUAUUAAAGAUCCUGACCUACGGGAAAGACAUUUAGGAGAUCUUCAAGGUGUUGAGUACGAUGAAGUUCCCAAAGUUAGUCCCAAGGCUUACGAAGCUUUUACAUCGCACAGGACGGAUCAAGAAAUCCCAGGUGGUGGAGAAAGUCUUGAUCAAGUUUGUCAACGAUGCACUUCUUCAUUGCAGAAAAUUGGUAGGAAACAUAAAGGAGAGCGAGUAGCCAUGGUCACUCAUGGUGGUGUGGUCAUAGCACUUCAAAAGCAGGCUUCCCCAAGUGAACACUCCGGAGGGAAAGUAUUGAAUGCAGCUUUAAAUGUGUUUCACUUGUAUGACGGGGAUAUUUGGACCAUAGAAGUGUGGGGCGAUAUAAAUCAUCUUAAUAAAACGGGAUUUUUGGAAUCGGGUUUUGUAGGAGACAGUAUUUCUGGUUAGUCCGACAUGGGCACUGGCAUUUUGCUGUCGUUUGCUUAAACAAUGGCAUGCUGGAGUUUUAGAAGGGAUGAAGUGCCUGACACUAAUAAAGUCACUUCUAUAGUCGAUUAUUUCAGCCAAUACAUCCUUCAGACCGGUUUUAUAUAUUCAACUUCAUGAAGUUAUAUUUUUCUUUCCAGCAAAUCGUGAAAUAAAUAAUUCUGGUUGGUCAUGCUGAUCAGUCUAUCUGCAUAAAUAAUUCUGGUUUGAUCUUAUGGAGCAAGAUAUUUUAGUUUGGUCGUUUCA